GUUGAACAGUUGACUUCAUUGGAAAACGAUAUUAUUUUGAAAUGAGGCUUGGUUUCCCAGGUCAGUGACCUGCUUAGAGAGAAGCAGUGGGUCUGCGCCUGGAUUUCAGAGUCACAGUGCUGCCACGGCUCUGAGCAUGCCCACGUCCCCUGAGCAGCCCGUGAGGAACAAGAGCAUGUAUGCUUUCAGGCUGUGGCCUGGCCUGCUGAUCGUGCUGGGUUCUCUCUGCCCCCGAGCUUCAUCGUGUGGCAUUUCAACACAUGUUGAAAUAGGACACAGAGCCUUGGAGUUUCUCCAUCUUCAAAAUGGGCGUGUUAACUACAAAGAGCUGUUACUAGAACACCAGGAUGCGUAUCAGGCUGGAACCGUGUUUCCUGAUUCUUUUUACCCUGACAUCUGUAAAGGAGGAAAAUUCCACAGUGUGUCUGAAAGCACUCACUGGACUCCGUUCCUUAAUGCAAGCAUUCAUUACAUCCGAGAGAAAUAUCCUCUUCCCUGGGAGAAGGAUACAGAGAAAUUGGUGGCUUUCUUGUUUGGAAUUACCUCUCACAUGGUGGCAGAUGUCAGCUGGCAUAGCUUGGGUAUUGAGCAAGGAUUCCUUAGGACGAUGGGAGCUAUUGAUUUUCAAGGCUCUUAUUCUGAGGCUCAUUCGGCUGGGGAUUUUGGAGGAGAUGUGUUGAGCCAGUUUGAAUUUAACUUUAAUUACCUCGCACGGCGCUGGUAUGUGCCUGUCAAAGAUCUACUGGGAAUUUAUGAGAAACUUUAUGGUCACAAAGCCAUCACCAAAGAUGUAAUUGUUGAGUGCUCUUACCUUCAGUUCUUGGAAAUGCAUGGUGAAAUGUUGGCUGUUUCUAAGCUUUAUCCCACUUACUCUACCAAGUCCCCGUUUUUGGUAGAGCAAUUCCAAGAGUAUUUCCUUGGAGGACUGGAUGAUAUGGCAUUUUGGACCACAAAUAUUUAUCGUCUAACAAGCUUCAUGCUAGAGAAUGGGACCAGUGGUUGUAAUCUACCUGAGAACCCUCUGUUCAUUACAUGCAGUGGCCAGAAAAACAAUACCCAGGGCUCAAAAGUGCAGAAAAAUGAUUUUCACAGAAAUUUGACUUCAUCCCUAAUUAAAGAUAUUGAAAGAAACUUAAACUAUACUGACAGAGGAGUGUUCUUUAGUGUGGAUUCCUGGACACCGGAUUCUGUAUCCUUUAUGUACCAGGCUUUGGAAAGGAACCUAAAGAUAAUAUUUACAGGUGACUCUCAGGAGUCACAGAAGUAUGUUUCCACUCCCGUAGCAUCUUACUUUCUGUCAGUUCCCUACGCAAGGCUUGGGUGGACAAUGACCUCGACUGACCUCAACCAGGAUGGGUACGAUGACCUGAUAGUGGGUGCACCCGGUUAUAGCCGCACUGGCCACAUACAGAUUGGGCGCGUGUACCUUGUCUAUGGCAGUGACCUUGGCCUGCCCCCCGUUGACCUGGACCUCGACAAGGAGGCCAAUGAGAUCCUCGAGGGAUUCCAGCCCUCAGGUCGGUUUGGCUCGGCCUUAGCUGUGUUGGACUUUAACAAGGAUGGCGUUCCUGACCUGGCCGUGGGAGCUCCCUCGGUGGCCUCCGACCAGCUCACUUACAACGGUGCUGUGUACAUCUACUUUGGUUCCAAACGAGGAAGAAUGUCUUCUUCCCCUAACAUCACUAUCUCUUGCCAGGCCGUCUACUGUAACUUGGGCUGGACACUCUUGGCUGCAGAUGUCAAUGGAGACAGCAGGCCUGAUCUGGUGAUUGGCUCCCCUUUUGCACCAGCUGGAGGGAAGCAGAGGGGAAUUGUGGCUGCAUUUUAUUCUGGCCCCAGCCAGAGCAACAAAGCAAAGCUGGCCGUGGACGCAGCUGAUUGGAUGGUGCGAGGUGAGGAGGACUUCGCCUGGUUUGGAUACUCCCUUCACAGCACCAGUGUAGACAACAGAACCUUGCUGCUGGUGGGCAGCCCGACCUGGAGGAAGACCAGUAGUGGUGACGAGAAGAGUCUUGGGAGGGUGUAUGGCUACUUCCCCCCAAAUCGCCAAAGCUGGUUUACCAUUUCUGGAGACAAGGCGAUGGGAAAACUGGGCACUUCCCUGUCUAGUGGCCAUGUCAUGAUAAAUGAGAUGCUGACACAGGUGCUGCUGGUUGGGGCACCAACUCGAGAUGACGUGUCUAAAAUCGCCUUCCUGACCAUGACCUUGCAUCAAGGUGGAACCACGCGGAUGUAUGCGCUCACAUCUGACACACAGCCUCCCCUGCUCAGCACCUUCAGUGGAGACCGCCGCUUCUCUCGAUUUGGUGGAGUUCUUCACUUGAGUGACCUGGAUAAUGAUGGCUUAGAUGAAGUCAUCAUGGCAGCCCCACUGAGGAUAGCAGAUGUAACUUCCGGACUGAUUGGGGGAGAAGAUGGUCGUGUUUAUAUAUAUAAUGGCAAACACAUCACCCUUGGUGACAUAACAGGCAAAUGCAAGUCAUGGAUAACUCCAUGCCCAGAAGAAAAGGCCCAAUAUGUAUUGAUUUCUCCAGAAGCAAGCUCCAGGUUUGGGAGCUCCCUGGUAAGUGUGAAGUCCAAGCAAAAGAACCAAGUUGUUGUUGCUGCUGGAAGGAGUUCCUUGGGAGCUCGACUCUCUGGAGCACUUCACAUCUAUACCCUUGGCUCAAGUUAAAGAUUUCAUUCCUCUUUUCCCACUCGGCCUCUCCCUCUCAACACGCUCAGUCAUCUCCAGGAUGAGCAUUCUUGUGGACACAUUUGGCACAUCCAGUGAAGCUAUGGUACAUCCUGAACAUAGGUGGGGCUCCUGGGAGUAGAGACACAUACUAACAGCCACACUAUCUGGAAAUCUGAUACAGUAAAUUAUAUGACUACACCAGGAGUAUGUGAAAUAACAGCCUCUCUGGUUAUUCAGGGCCCCUUCCAAAGUUUACUUCCUGGCUCCCUUUGCAAAACCUUUCUUCUUUCCUAGCUUAUUGCGUGUGCUUAGACCUGUUGUACAACCCAUUUCCUCUUCCUUGUGAAUACCUAUGUCCUUCUGAAGCCUGGAAAGUUUUUUCUGUGGUUAUCUCUUAGGAUAACUUCACACUCCCAAAUCAUUUCUGAUUUAGUCUUUUCUUAAGAUUAUUAUCAAUGUUUUAUAUAAUGAAGGGCAAAUAUACAAACUUAAAAACUGUAUCAUCUGUGUCCUCAAAUGCUUUUGUAGAGACAGGUGCUUUAACAGUUGAUGAACCUGGUGAUUCUCCACUAGUUUUAAGUCAUCUCAUGAAGGACCCUUGUUGCAUUUGGCUGCCACAAUUGUGCCAACAGAACCAGAGCAAAAAGGAGAUUUGGCCCGAGUCAAAGGCUAUUGCAAGGGACCAACUAAGUGAGAGACCAACAGGAGGAAACAGGUAUUUUUGACAUCACCUGAUCCUGGGCUUUUUUUAGUAGGGUAGAGUUCAUCUGCCAAUUUGGCAGUGUGGCACACUUAAGGGGAAAGAGUGUAGCAUAGGGUUUUAGCAUUACUAAACAUCUACAGCCAUCAUUAUCUGUAAACAGUAACUAGUCUAUUUUGUAUCAAUCAUGGAAGAACCUCUUUCCUUUUACACUGGUGAAGUUAUACCUGUAAUCCUAGCACUCUGGGAGGCUGAGGCAGGUGGAUU